AGUUUAAACUGAAGUUGAAGGGAGAAGCUGUGUGUCGCUUUGAGAUGUUCGCCAGCAGUUGCUUAGAAGACGAAUCCGAAUCUGACUCCAUCUCCACCACCUCUUCCUCCUACAAGUCCUGGAGAUAUCUGGCCAAGAAGUGCUCUGGCAAGAGAUCAUCCUCCUCGUUCCAGAUAGACUCCAGACAGAUGACUACCCAUUCCAACAGGGAGACAUAUGUUAACUCUGUCUACGAUAUACUCAAAGAAGAUCUUCCAUCUAUAGGUAGGAACAAACCACGUGUCUACAACACAGAAACUUCUCCGAAGACAACUAGCGAUCAGACCAAUGAACAACCACAGCAGCAUUUCCAGCUGUUUAGUCUGGACAAGGGGGAGUACCGGUUCCCGUUCGCAUUCCAACUGCCCACUCGCAUCCCACCCUCUUUCUCCUCAACAGAGGGAAAAAUCACUUACAGCCUCUCUCUUCUCCUCGCCAUACCCCACAACAAGAAUGUGUUCAAAAUCAGCAGCAGAACAGUGCAAGUAGUGGAAAAACAGUUGAUAGCAUCGCCAUCGAUGGAUCUUCAAAUAUCAUCACAUCAGAGCACAGACAACAAUCGAGACGUCUGUCUCCUGAACCACAACCUCAACCGCCUCUCCCCUCCUCCCGAUUACCAUUCCAACUCGGGUGGGGGCACCAACAGCAACAUCAUCAACAACAGAUGUUGCCUUCCAGCUGUGGAAGGGGAAGGGGAAGGGGGAGGAGUCCCUGAGCGUGAGCGUGAAGUGUCAGAGGAGGCUGUGAUUGGGUGUUGCAUGCCGGAUCAUCUGGACUUGACCGUCGGGUGGGACAGGGACUGCUAUUCGCCCGGUGACGUGGUGCAGCUCCAUUCUACUCUAUCCACCACAGCCCCCAAAGAGGUCUCUGUUCACGGGGGAUACAUCAACCUCAUACAAGUGGUGAGCUACACAGGGAAAGAUGGGGCUGUGAAGGUGAAGGAGAACAGUGUGUGUAGGCGGGACUUCCUCUGCCACCCCCUCUCCCAAUUCCCCCUCCCCAUUCCCCCCAACAUACCCCCCUCACACAUGCAACACUGCUCAUUCAUCCACAUCAACUACAUCCUCAGGUUCAAGCUCUACACCGAAUUUACGACAAUGGAAACGAAAUGGACCAUCAAGAUAGGAUGGCCAAAAGCAAUUUCCCCCUCCCCCACCUCCCAAUAUGCAUACCUCCCCUCUACACCCGCUCGCGAAAACAACAACAACAGCAACAACAACAACCCUCGAGAAAACGAAGACCCUAGAUUUGGAAGAAGUUUAGAUGUGGAUAGAUGCUUGGAUCUCUCGGGUCGCGGAGUCGUGACUUCAACGAGAAGAGAGCGCGAUUCGGAACAGCCCAGGCCUCGUUCGGAAUUUUAUUCACGCGGAUACGAGCGACUCUAUUGCAAUAGUAGUCGGAGCAAUAACAAACCGACGUCAGGCUUGCAACUUGAUGUGCAAUCAUCAGCAGUUGUUCCCAUUCAUCCUCCCCCAUACGAAGAGGUGAUGAGUCAACCUUCUUCCCCUCUUUCUGAUAUUGCGAUCUCAGCAGACCAAUUAGCCGAAUCACCUCAGUAUUACCACUUGACCUGCUCACAGGCCAACUCACGAAGAUACCACCAAAUGGAAACAACCGACCGAAGAAAGUGUAGUGUGGCGAAACUGUAAAUUUUUCAUCUCAUCCUGAAAAACCACCGAUUUUGUGCUAUUUUUUUAAAAGUUUAUAAAUUGUACAAAAAAUGUUUUGAGAUAUACUGAAA